AUGCGCUCCUCCGAUGUGUACAGCCAGGGAAGUUCACAUUCAGAUCGCUUCCUUCAGGGUUUGGUGCCAGGUGGUGAGUUGGUGGGACCUUCAGGAACCAAAAUCGAUCCCGUUUUUGCGGCAGCAGCUGCGGCUGCUCUGAACGCGACUCUCGCCGCUCCUUCUGUCUCCUCCUCGAAUAUGUACUCACCUAACUCAUCUGCUACCGUUGCUGCUGUAGCUGCCGCGGCUAUGAAUGCUGCUGCGAUUGCUGCUGCACUUGGUGGCGCUUCUAACCAGCCAAACGGCGGUGCGGGAUCGAAUUUCCAGCUUCCUGGAAUACCCUCUCAAUCGUCACUCAAGAGAAGUAGUCGAUCUCCAACUUAUGAGCGUCGUGGUGGUGGAUAUCGUGGUGAAAGAAUCCGAGAACGCGACUCCCCAACUUACAGAAACGAAAUGCCGCGUCGAACUUCCAGCAGUCUGGGUGGUGGGCAUCCCAGCCCCGAGGACGAUCCGUCUGCUACUCGUACUCUCUUUGUGGGCAACCUCCCUCCAGAUAUCCGUAUUUCGGAGCUGCGUCAGAUUUUCGACGUCUAUGGUAUCCUGGAGGAUGUGGACAUUAAGCGCCCCCAAUCUUCUAAUUCUAAUGAGCCAGCUUACGCAUUUCUCAAGUACGUCAAUGUCAGUAUGGCCUAUAGGGCCAAAUUGGGCAUGACCGGUAAGCGGAUUGCCGGCUACGUCUGUAAAAUCGGCUACGGCAAAGUGACACCAACGCGUUGUUUGUGGGUUGGUGGUCUGGGACCUUGGACAAACUAUCCCAUGUUCGCAUCACUGGUGGAGCGGUUCUCUCGCCCAAAGAAGAUUGUAUGGCCGUCGGGGAAGGGCUACGCAAACAUACUUUACCACUCAACUGAAGCAGCUGCUGCAGCUGCUAAUUUACUGCGUGGUUACCCCUUGGGCACUGGAAAUCACCGCCUUCGUGUUGACUUCACCGAUGAGUCACACAUGCUCAUUUCGGGGACAAUCGAUUCCUUGAGGCGUGGGCGACCUAGUGGGAGUAGUGCAAAUGAUCGAACUUACCGUCCUAGGCGCGAAUCCAACCGGCACCCGCGCUCCGUAUCUCGGUCACCCGUCCGACCACCGAGUCGUAGGUCAUCCUCGUCGAAUACAUCUUCUGCAACUAAAAGCGCCACACCCUGCCCCUCCUCACGGUCGAGAUCUCGCUCUCCCUCUCCCACGGUCGCUGUACCCGAAGACAUCUCCUUGGAAACAGCCUGCAGCAUCGAGGAGGUUGCUGCUUGUCUAGCUGGUCCUAUCUGGAAGGCAGUGUUCGUGUUAAAGAAGAGCAACUUCUCCUGUCGUUUGCAUGCAGUCUCGGGAGACUCGGCACUUGCUGACCAAUUGUUUCCACGUCAACAGCCCAAACCCCCGCAGACACCGCCUGACGACGAAGACGACAACGGGGGUGGAGCGGUAGGGGCGGUUGUGGGUGAAGGUGAGGAAAAGAGACCCGCUGGCUCACCGGAGAAUAAUAACAACAGUUGUGCCGUAGAACCACCAUUGUUGCGAAUCAGUCAGCGGAUGAAGAUGGACCCAGCAAAGUUGGAAGAUGUGCGGAAACGCAUGAAGUCGGUGGGUAGUGGAGGUUAUUGCGUUCUGUUAGCCACUGAAGCAGCAAAUGAGACGGUUCCAGCUGCAGGUGCUGAAAAUCACAACCGUCCGCUACGAGAUCUUAUCAACUACCUGGCGAGCAAAGAGGCAGCUGGUGUGGUACUAAUGGGUAAUGAUCAAGAACAUCAACAACAGCAGCAAGGCGUUGAGGAUCAGCACAGAAUGGACAGUGAACCCUCUGGAGUGCUGCAUGUUCUCCCUCCAGGAGAGUUCGCAGUCUCUUUGUUGGUAGAAGGAGGAGCAUCGUGUUUGCAAGAGAAACGCGUGGAACCGGGGGAUAAGUAUCUGGUUAUCCUUUUGCUAAAGAACUAUGGUCUUGUGUAA